GGCCUCUUACCGCGCUCGAGACUCUCCUCCGCACUCUCUGGCUGCGCUUCUUUGUCGCGGGACUCCCAUUUGUGCGCCCUGUGGAAUUCCCUGAACCUCCUCAUUUUCCCAUAAGUGCAGUGAAAAAUUUCACCGUGAGUGCGCGCGAAGAGUCGGAAAAUUUCAGUGUGAUUGCCAUUAGUAAUGCCGAAGAGAUGAGCAAGUCCCUCGGCGAGAAGAAAGAAAUGCGGACUACGCAACUCCGAGUGUUCCACAGAGGAUUUUUCCACCCAUAGUGUCUCAGUGUAUUUGUGCAAAGUGAUUUUCCCGUCAAUGCGGGGUGGUGGCUGAAUGCCCACGAACUCUGAAUGUGUUUUAUUGAUCUACACAAGAACGGCGCACGGAAAAACAUCUCUUCCCUGAACAUUUUCCAGUGGAAAUUUACCAAAGAGACCAUAGACGAAAGUGAGAGAUCGGAAACUAAGUGGCUUAUCGCUUGAGCAGAAAAUGCCUCAUUGGCACGUCUAAAGUCUUGGCGUUGAUCCGUGAAAAAACACGCGCUGUGUGUUGAGGGACUCCCAUCGUGUCCCAUCAAUCUCAGUGUGAUCACUUCACGCCUGCCGGACAUCACUUGCUGGACAACCGCCGACCAGGCCGGCAGCGCGUCCGGCAAUCUAACUGCCCUACACAGAUUCUACAAGGCGAAUCGCAAAAUGCCAGCAUUUCGGGGCCGCCGCGGAUUGUGUGGAUGUCUUCAGGAUGACGAACCUCCGGAGAUCUGCGUGGUCGAGGGUGCUUUCACGCUCCAGACAAUCACGCCCACGCAACCAAUGCCGGCGAUCGACGAGCUGGACGCAAAAUUCGCCGAACUCGUCGAGGAACUUGAUCUCACGGCGCCCAACAAGGCGGCGAUGCUGAGUCUUCCGGCGCAGAAGAAGUGGCAGAUCUACUGCUCGCGGAAAAGCCACCAAGAUGAGGGCGCUGCGGUGUCUUCAGUGCCGCCCACGCCAGAUCACUACAUCGAUCGUCUGCGGGACAUGUCCACGCAGCUCAUGGCGCAACCGGAAGAUUCUCCGAGCCACGAAUACAGCUUCAAGAUCGACACGCACACGGCUCAGUUGGAUGCCCUCAAGACAGCACUCCGCACUUCCGCCCACAGCUUCGUCCUGCGCUUUGUGGAGCUCAACGGGCUCGUGGUUCUGCUGGAUCUGCUGCAGAAGCUGGACUGGCGUGUGGCGAACAGUAGUCUGCACACCAGCCUCAUCGGCUGCAUCAAGGCGCUGAUGAACAACUCCACGGGCAGAGCGCACGUGAUGGCACAUCCCACCAGCAUUGAUACCAUCGCGCGAUCUCUGGCGGCGGACAACGUGAAGACGAAGGUGGCCGCUCUGGAGAUCCUGGGAGCAGUGUGUCUGGUUCCUGGCGGUCACAAGAAGGUUCUUAGCGCCAUGCACAACUUCCAGAAGUUCGCAGCCGAGCGCACUCGUUUCCAGAGCAUCAUCAACGAUCUGGACCGCUCCACUGGCGCCUACAGAGACGAUGUGAACCUCAAGACGGCCAUCAUGUCCUUCAUCAACGCCGUUCUCAACUACGGUCCCGGUCAGGAGAAUCUGGAGUUCAGACUACACUUGCGCUAUGAAUUCCUAAUGCUCGGCAUUCAACCGGUGAUUGAGAAGCUGCGGAAGCACGAGAAUGAGACGCUGGAUCGCCACUUGGACUUCUUCGAAAUGGUACGCACGGAGGACGAGAAGGAGUUAUCCAGGAAGUUUAACCACGAGCAUGUGGACACUAAGAGUGCCACUGCUAUGUUCGAAGCCAUCCGUAGGAAGAUGAGCCACUCAUCUGCAUAUCCCCACCUUAUGUCGCUCCUGCAACACAUGCUACUGCUUCCAUUCACCAGCGCCAACAAUCAGCACUGGCUCAUGUUCGAUCGCGUGGUGCAGCAAAUCAUCCUUCAGACGGAUGUUCGUCCGCCCAGUGACAUCGAUCCUGACCAGAGCAGCACACCAAAACCUCAGGAUCCCGACGCAGCUCCUCUCUCGAUCGACGUGAAGAAGAUCGUCAAGCUGCUGGUGAAGGAAGAAGAACUCACAGCGGCCAGGAACCGCGCCGAGGAGCUCGAGAAGGAGAAUCUCGAUGCUCAGGCCAAGCUGGCCAAGAAGGAGCAGGAGUUGGACCUUCAGACUCAGGAGAAGGAGGAUCUCGAGACGAGUCUGGCGCGCAUGCGAGAACGCCUUGAAAAGGAGAGCGCUAAUCACUCGCAGGCCGUACAGAGAGCCCUCAAUGCUGAGAUGCGAGUGGAGGAUCUGCAGCAUCGCUACAUGCAGGAGCAGCAGGAGCGCGUUCGUCUUGAGCGUCUAGUCACGGAGGGCAGCAUCCCAGAUGAUCAGAAGGUGGCCGGCUUGCAUCGCUGCAACGGACAGGCUUCACCCACAUCCAGUCUCAAACCAGCCGCCGCACCUCCACCACCGCCGCCUCUACUGCCCAUGCCGCCGCCUCCGCCACCAGGAGCUCCUCCCCCACCGAUGCCCACAUCCAUCUGUCCCGCGCCGGCGGCAGCGAAGUUCGAGGUGUCGAAGAAGAAUGUACCGCAGCCCGCGAAUCCACUCAAGAGCUUCAACUGGUCAAAACUGCCGGACGCCAAAGUCAACGGCACAAUCUGGAACGAGCUUGAUGAAUCCAAGUGGUACAGCACGAUGGGUCUGGAGGAUAUUGACAAGCUCUUCUCGGCAUAUCAAAAGAACGGAGUAACCAAUGACGGCUCUAUUGAGGAUCUCCGCUUGAUUGGGAAGAACAGAACGAAGAUUUUGUCAGUUAUCGAUGGACGACGAGCUCAGAACUGCACAAUUCUACUCAGCAAACUCAAGAUGACUGACGAGGAGAUCAGCAAGGCAAUCUUGUCUAUGGACUCGAGCGAACAACUGCCUAUUGACAUGGUUGAGCAACUUCUGAAGUUCACUCCAUCGGCUGAGGAGAGAGCGCUUCUGGAUGAGCACACAGAGGACAUAGAAUCCCUGGCCAGGGCUGACAGAUUCCUCUUCGAGAUCUCAAAAAUUCCUCACUAUGAGCAGCGCUUAAGGAGUUUGCACUACAAGAAACGCUUCCACGUGACCGUCAACGAAGUCUCUCCUCGUCUCACCAGCGUCAUGGAAGCCUCUCGUGAGGUCGCUCGCUCGAGGCGUCUUCGAAAGCUCUUGGAGAUCGUCCUGGCCCUGGGCAAUUACAUGAACAGAGGCGCUCGCGGGAACGCAUCAGGAUUCCGGCUGGCCUCUCUCAAUCGCUUGGCAGACACAAAGUCCAGCUCCGUUAAGGGUACAACGCUGCUGCAUUAUCUUGUGCAGAUCGUGGAGAAGAAGUUCAAGGACUUGCUGAAGCUGGACGAGGAUCUGCCACAUAUUCGAGAGGCGAGCAAGGUGUCUCUCGCCGAGAUGGAUAAGGACAUAUCGAUGCUGAGGAAUGGCCUGGCUGAGGUCACGCGGGAGAUCGAGUUCCAUCGCGGAGCAGGAGCGCCUCAGAGCGGAGAUCGAUUCCUGCCGGUAAUGUGUGAGUUCCAUGCUCAAGCGACAGUGCGAUUGGCAGAACUGGAGGAUAAGUUCCAGGACAUGAAAACCAGGUUUGAUCGCGCUGUUCGCUUGUUCGGCGAGGAUGGAGCUGUCGUGCAGCCCGAUGAAUUCUUCGGCAUCUUCGACACCUUCCUGAUGGCAUUCACAGAGGCUCGUCAGGACAAUGAGAACUUCAGGCGUCGCCAAGAAGAGGAAGAGAAGCGCGCCAAGCAGGAAGCUGAGUUGAAGAAACGCACAAUCGAGCGCAAGUCCAAGGAGGGUGGCAUCCUGAGUUCCAUGGCGAAGAACCUGGGGUUGAAAUCUUCUUCGAACAGCCCGUCGAAGAACGCCACGUCGGCGGACAGCAAGGGUGAGUUCGACGACCUGAUCUCAGCGCUGCGCACGGGAGACGUCUUUGGCGAGGACAUGGCCAAGUUCAAGCGCUCUCGGAAGACGCGCGUGCCCACCCCGGCGGCGCCCACCAACGGCAACGGCACGUCGCCGCCGGUGCGGAACAGUUACCAUCGCGAGGACAGCCGCGAGAGGAGCGGCACGGCGCACGGACGGCGGCAGUAAACGCCAGACCCCACUAGUUAAUCGUGAAUGUGUUAUUGUAGUGGUUUCCCGGAAGGAGUAAAGCUUCGCUCAAUUUUUCCACCCCGAUCCCGUUUUCGGUGCUACUUCUUUGCGGUACAUUCAGAGCAGAUUGACUCCAAUUUGCGAGCAUGAUUUGUAGGGAUAUUUGCGAUAAUGCAGAUGAUAAUAAUUUAUGAUUUUAGCGUGUAGUCGUAUAGAAGUUCUCCUUUUGUACUCUGUAAUUAUUGACUAUAAUGUAACCAACAAUGAAGCUUCUAAAAAACACUGUGCAGACAAGACUGGUCCAUCAAAUGCCAACGAGAAAUUUUAAUACUUUCUUUUUGUAACUUGUGAGGAUUUUUUCUCUAUAUUCUGUGUAAUCUUAAUUGUCUUGUUAUAACUUCUCCUUUCAAAACCAUUUUUUGUAUAUAAUUGUAUAAAAAAAAGAUAAUUCUCAAUUUUGUGUCGUCUCAACUCACUUUAGAGUUCUACAAAUUUUUAUAAUGCAUUUUGACACAGUAUUUUGCAUGUGAAGUAAAUGAAGAGUGGAACAAAUAUUUAGUAAUUGAUGAAGAAAAAGCAGGAAAAAUCCCCCGAGAAUUUGUGAUUUUCAUUUUGUGUGUUGUCGAGCGCAAGAAGCAUUAUCGCGUUGAUGAUGUUCACGAUUAUUCUGUAGAUUGAAGAAUAUCAUUCAUUUCUGUUAAUGUAUACCUUGAAUCAAUUUUACUUAAUAAAAAUUAAUUGAAUUCAAUUCAGCCUUGUCUUUCUGCUUCCACUUUUGCCUACAUCUCGGCGAAUGCUCUUAAGAGACAUCUUAAGAUUAAAAGACACUUUCACUUUGUUGAAUAAUUUCAAUAUAUUUUAAUUCGUUACUUUUCCCUUUUCUCUCAUCUUUUCUAUAUUCUCCAACGAAAGUUAUAAUUUUUGUGAUAGCCUAAUUGAUCGUGAAUCCCUUUUGUGAAUCACCGGCGCUUCUUUUGAAGAAACAGGACAACGAUUUACGGGCAAGUUGCAAGGAAACUUAAGGUGAAUCUCUACAAUUAUAAUGCACUUAAAAACUACAGAGGAAACUAUAUAAGUAAUGAAACAGGUGAAAUAGAGAGGAAAUCCCUUCAAUUCUGUGACCAAAAACAGCAAUUAUUGUAUACAAUUAUACAGGCAAAUGAUUUUUAAUCUAAAAUUGACAAUUUCUUUCGUGAUUCUUCUUCAUAAUAAGGAAACUUCUUGUCACAGAAUCGCUUGGAUUAGACUUCUCGAUCAAGUCACUAUUAUAAGUCUAUUUUUGCCUCAUCUCCAAAUCUGCUUAUUAUGAGAUGAACAUCUCUUCGUCUUGUUUUGUACUAAAGUUUUUUUUU